AUGAGUAGCGAAAAGUCAUAUUUGAAAGAUGGAGCUAUGCAGGGAUCAAAUCAUGGGGAAAAGGUGCAAGUAGAAAUAGUCAUCAAAUCCUUCAAAAAGUGUCAGAUUUUUAAUGCUGUGAAUGGCACUAAAAACAAUUUGUUAUGGGAUACUGAUGAUGAAGUCCAUCCAUACCGAGAAAUAAAAGUCCAUUAUUGUUAUCGAUUUCAUGCUCCUGAUAGUGAUACAUAUGGUGUUUCUUGGGUAGAUUUUACAAGUGAAAGACUAGAAAAUUAUAAUUGGAACUAUUUAGAUCACUACAUUUGUAUGCGAGGUGAAGGAGAAUUUGAAUUAAAAGAGUCAUUGAAGUACUGGAGGUUACGAAUGCUUCUUUUGCCAGCUGUUCAGCCAGAGACACGUAAAAUAAUUGAAGGUCAUGAAACUUGUGAUUUGUAUAAUAAAUUUUCUAAUGAAGACAAAAUAAGUCAAAGAGAAAAUGCUCUCAAGUUCUUGGAAGUCAUGAAUAAAAUUCGUAGAGUUUCUUCUAGGAAACCGAAACUUGCAUCUUUAAAUCUUCCACGUCGAUCAAGCUUUGGCCAUGCAAGUCUCAGUUCGACUGGAAUAUCAUCUGUGCGAGAGAGAGUGGGUAGUAAUCGUAUUCAUGAUCGUCCCAGGAUGCGUAGCAAUUCUGCAAGAAUGGGAGCACGACCAGAACCAGUCAUUCCAUCUGGCCGUGUAUCACCAGCAACUGAAGCUGAUGGAAGGAUAACUAUUCCAAAAUCUGAUGUUUCUUUAGCCCCAAUAACUGGAGGAGAAAAUCUCGAAGACAAUUUUCCUUCUGAGCUGAAGAAAUUAAAUGAAGCAUCAAAUGAUAUUGAAAUAAUCCAAGCUAUGAAGCAUACUCAAGAAGGACUGAAUUUCCUUUCAAAAUCGGGUUGGCCAAGCUGUACUUUUAUCAGUGCAGAAGCCGUUGCAUGGAUUAUAGAACAUGUGGAAGGAAUAAGUUUGGAACAACAGGCUAUAAAACUGUUGCAGGGUUUCAUUGAUAAAGAUUUGAUUUGCCAUGUUUCAAGAGCUAAAGAGCAUCCUUUUAUUUAUGGUUUUUAUUUGUACUAUAUUAUAUCAACUAAUGACAAAGAAAACUGCAAAACCUGGGAUAGAGAUGAACUAAGUGAUAAAGAAGCUAUUUAUCUUUUUGAGCGAGAGUGGCUGGAAGUGGAACUUAGUCCAUCAUUUUCUUUGUGUCCUGUUAUUGAAAAUUAUAACUUUCCCUCUGAUGAAGACAUUUGGUCUACACCUUAUAAACAAAAUUCUAAACUGAAGUUUAAAUGUUGCAACAUACAAAUAGAUCAGGGUACAAAAAGUGGGCGACAAGAAUGGGGGCAAUUACGUUAUCAAAAUAUUUACAGGCCAUAUGAAGCAUUUGAAUUUAUAGUAGAGUGGAUGGUAGCAACUGGAAACAAAGCAGCUGAACUGGUCCAGACUUGGGCUAGGAAGUCUAAUCUGUAUAGUUUGCAGUUGGUACCCAUUCCCAGUGAUCCCUUUGCUUUACCUUUUUCUGAUGAUUCGGAUCCAUUAAGAGGGCCUAUUUUUAUACCUCUAGAUUUAUCCUGCCUUAUGGAUACAUCUGUUCAAAGUAUGGAUGAAGCAGGUCUACUAAAACUUCAAGAAAGAAUUUUAUGUAAAUUUGGUUUUAUACCUUAUCGGAAUCCUAAUCAGUUUUCACCUCCUCAGUAUGUUCAUAUUAGUGGAAGUAUGUUUGUCAUGCUUCCUGUUCGUCAGAGGGAAACCAAAAAGCCAAAUGGAAAGCAUUUAGCGGUAAUAGAUUUGCAUCAGAUAAGUAGUCCACAUGAUGAAUAUAUCACUCGACACUUCAGUGGUGUGAAAAAUAAAUCCUUGUCUGCUAUGAAUUCUGAGAUUCAUACGAAGAUUGGUUUCUUAUGGUCUUGGAAUUACAUGAUUACAAAGAGAUGGAAGACAACAGGAACUGUAGAUGAGAAUUUUAUGCGGAAAGUGAUGAGAGAUUUUCGAGCAUUUUGUUCCAAUCAAAACUGCCGUUUAGAAGAUUUUUGGAAGUUUUCUGAGAUGUCUGAAUUUAGUCAAGAUCAUUCUAUGUUAAUGGAUUUAGAAUCUUGAUUUUAUAUACAAAUAUAUGUUAAAGUCAAUAGGAAAAUGAACAGCAAAAUUUUUUUAUUAAAAACUUUUGCAAUAUUUUGUCUAUAUUGUUUGAUAAUUUUACGUUUAAACGGGCAUUCUUUUUCCUCAUUUUAUUUCAUUUAAACUUCUUGCAUAAUACAUUCCAUGGCCUUGUUCACUUUUCACGGUUCUUGUUUUAAUAUAAUCAAAUUUUUUUUGUUUUUUUUUUAACUCUAUUCCGCAGAGUACUAAUUUAUUUAAAUGAUGUCUAAAUGCCUAGUUAUUGUUUUAUUGUGCUAAUUGUAUGUUUUAUCAAAGCAAAUAUUGGUGCCAAUUCACUUUCAGGAAAUAUUUCCUGCAUGCUUCAUGUGCAAACAAUGAAUUAAAAAAAAAAAAAAAAAAAGCAUGCCUACAUCUUAAAUAAUUGUUAGCCCAAAAGUGCUAUUUGUCUCUAAAUAGGAUUUUGCAUUGAUUCAUUUUAAAUGUUGUACCCUCUAAUUGUAUUGUUUCAUUUUUUAAUUGAGUCCAUUGCCAUGUGGCAAAAUGCAAGUUAUUUAUGUUUCAUUUUUAAUCUGUCUGUUAUUGAUUAACAGAGUAAAAGCAAUUUAAAGGCAACAGACAUGAUUCUUAAUCAUAUUUUUUAAAUUCUUAAUCUGCUUGAUUUAAGUAAGAAUGAAUUCAUGAUAUAUAUAAUUAGAAACAUUAAAUAUUUGUAUAGAUAUAUGCUAUAUACUUUUUCACUUUUCAAAAAUAUUGUUGAUUUCAAAUGUUUCCCUUUUAGUCUAAAUGUAUAUUCAUCUAGUAUCCUAUAAAAUGUUUCAUGAUUCCACCUGGCCCAUCUUCUAUUGAUAUUCUCUACUGAUAAAUGGUAUUAAAUUUUAAAAGAGCUCUUUUGGGCGAUCAUUUAAAUUUGAACCCUUUUGGUUUUCUUUUCCUUUUUAGAUAUAUGCAAAAGCCUCCUUUUGAUGUUAAUUAAUAAUUAGCAGGUUUUCCCCAUAUUAUUGGCUUUACUAUUCUGACCAGUUUGUCUUUUGAAUGUAUGAUUAUUUGUUCUGUACCUUGAAUCUCUGGAAGUGAAUUCUUAACUCUUUCAGCUGUGCUGGUGGCUUUUGCCACCUUCAUGUAGAGGUGUAUUUUAUUGACAACAGAGAUUGCUUUCGGUAGUAUGAUAUGACCUUCAGUAGUUCAGUUAUGGCUUUAUUACAAUUCACUAUGGCACUCAUAAAAAGUUUAGCAUAUUUUUAAUGUCAGCAUGCCAUUAAGACAAGGUAGACUACAGUUAAAGACCUCCGAUCCUAGAAAUUUGCUUAUUCUAGCAAAACUUCAGAAGCACACAUAGCUCUUGUGCCAGAUAUGUUAUCUAAUGUUAAUUAGAUACAUAAAGAUGGAUAGAAACAGCAUUGUAAACUGGAAACUUGGAGAGGAUGUUCCAGAAUCCAUUGUGAAAAAUGCAAAGUACAGCUUUGCUUAACAAAAAAUAAAAAUUGUUUGAAAUAAUUUCAUAUACAAUAAAUGUUAGUAAUAUUAUAAUGUACAUUUAUGUUUUUAUGAAUUUUUACCUUGAGACUUGACACUGGCAAUUGCUAAAACAUCUUUUUUUCCUACAUUUCAAGUAAGAACUUGUUAGUAUGUUUCAAGAGAAUUCUAAUACCUAUAAACAAUAUUGCACAGCAUAAAAAAUUAACCACUUGCGCUACGACUAAACUUCACAGUUGCGGUGCCGUGCGCUACAAUAUAACAAGCGGUAUAGUGUCUCAUUUUAUGCCGCUCUGCGUCUGCGAGUGCAAUCUAGAGCUAAUAAACAAUCUCGUUGUUAGGCGACGUGUGCACCACGCAAUCCACAGCUGUAACUCGAAAAAUAAACAGUCUCGUUGUUAGGCAGCGUGUGCACUAUGUUGUUUUCAUUUUUGCGAUAAAUGCCUAUCGACGAGGUGUUCACGUCGCUCGCAUUUUGAGACAAAAGCAUCUCGACGUGCAUUGCACGUCUUUUUAGCGCAAGUGGUUAAAUUCCAGGGACUGAAAGAGUUAACUUAGUCAGCCUAUCAUAAUUAGCUUAAAAUUAUUUCAGAUAUUAACUUGGGAUUUAAAUGUGAAGAUCAGAUUGUAAUUUUUUGUCUAUGUGUGUGUGUAUAUAUAUAUAUAUAUAUAUAUAUUUUUUUUUUUUUUUUUAAAUGGUAAACUUUUGUUUGAAAUAUUAGGGUAUGAACUGAAGUUCCAGAGUCAGCUAUUUUUUCAGUUGUUAAAGCUGUAUUCCUUAAUGUAUUUAGUGGUGAAUAGUAAAACAUUUUAUCUUAACGAUCAUCCAGUAUAUAUAUGUAUAAGAAAUGAAAAAUUCAAAUUUAAAUGCACAUUCCAUUCAUUGUGUACCACUUGCUGCUACAAAUAAUGUGACAAAGAAAUAAUUAACUCUUAUUAUUCUUCAUGAUGGUUUUAUAUGUAAAGUUUUACAUUUUCAUGAAAUGAUUUUUAAUGUUACCUGAAUUGUUAAUAUUUUCACAGUAUAUACAUACAUAUAUAUAACAAUAUUAUAUUAGUGUAUAACUUAGUUAUUUUUGUCAAAGCCAUCUUGUAUUUUAAGCUUUAAUUUUUUAUAAAAAAUUCAGUAUGUCCAUUUUAAUAGUCUUUCAUUUUUAAAAUUUGGGGAAAACUGUAAAUAUUCAAAAUCUUCCAUUAGAUUACACUCAAGGACCAAAGUUAUGUCAAAGGCUAUCUGAUAGUUAAAAAGGCACUAAUUUCCUACUCUGAGGGUCAGGAGAUUCAAAAAUUUUCCAUUAAUGGAAGCUCAAAUGUGUUUUAUUUUACUCAUUUAAAUUACUUUUGACUUACUGAAAUAUUACUUUUGAUUCAAAAUAUAAACUCUGAAUUAUUUUAUUAAAAAAUCCGACUUGUACGAAUUCAUGUAAAGAGGAAAGUUAAUUUGUAUCUUCUACAAAAUCUUUAAAAUUAAAAAAUUAUGAUGUGUAGUGUUAAUUAUAUCUUUUUAAAAAUUGCUAGAUUGCAUAACUAAUUGUUACCUUAAGAAAUUUGUUUUUUUUUCCUACAGAUUAGAUGUCUCUUUGGUUCUGACUUGUUAAAAUAUUGUCAUUUGUAAACCUGAGGAAAUUGAAAAAUAUGUGAUAUUAAUUCAUGUGAUCCUGUACUAUAUGUAAAAUAUUUUUAUAUUGAGUGUAAUAAAGUGUAAUAUAAACAAAGCAAA